AUGCUCCGGCAGCGAUGGUUCGGGAGAAAGAAGCUGAAACGAGUGGUGGAGGUGAGCAUUUGUGUGUGCGGUUUUCUUCUUCUUUGGACACUGCUCACGUUCGUCAUUUUGUCGCUGCAAGAUCAGAUCUUGGGGCCAAUUCAAAGGAGCGAUGAGUCGGCAAAUGAAUUAAAAAACAGUAAAGGAAUGCAGGUAGUAGUCGGACAUUAUAAUGGAAAUUUGCCAAAAGAGAAACGAGAUAAUCUUACUGAUGAGGAAAUGAACACGAAUGAGUAUUCACCGAUUGAUGGAUGGGGAGAAGGAGGGGUAGCUGUACGAUUGCCGAUCAAAGAAGAACUCAAAUCCGAGAACACUUUUCCAAUAAAUCAAUUCAAUUUGUAUGUGAGUGAUCGGAUUUCAAUCAAUCGAUCACUACCCGAUAUCCGAAAAGAAGCAUGUCGAGAGAAGAUUUACUCGGAGCUAGCAUUACCUACAACUUCUGUAAUCAUCGUCUAUCACAACGAAGCUUAUUCAACCCUGUUGCGCACGAUUUCCUCGGUUAUCUCCCGUUCACCACGUCGACUUCUUCAAGAGAUUAUCCUUGUCGAUGAUUACAGCAAUCGAACCUUUCUUCGGCAACCAUUGAAUGAUUUCGCUCGUGAAAAUUCAGGAAUACGGAUUAAAAUCGUUAGAUCAAAGAGUCGAAUCGGGUUGAUUAGAGCGAGAAUGAUGGGAGCACAAGAAGCAACGGGUGAUGUUUUAACGUUUUUGGAUAGUCAUUGCGAAUGUACAAUUGGAUGGUUGGAGCCACUACUCGCAAGGAUUCAAGAAUUUCGGAAAGCUAUUGUUUGUCCAGUGAUAGACGUAGUAAAUGAUCGAACAUUUCAAUAUCAGAGAGGAAUCGAGAUCUUUCGCGGGGGAUUUAAUUGGAGUCUUCAGUUUCGAUGGUAUGCUCUUCCAAAAGAUGUCAUACAAGCCAGAGUCGAUCCAACAAAGCCUAUCGAAUCACCAACAAUGGCUGGGGGACUUUUUUCAAUUGAUCGAAAAUUUUUCGAAGAACUUGGAGAAUAUGAUCGAAAGAUGGAUAUUUGGGGAGGCGAAAAUCUUGAGCUUUCUUUUAGGGUAUGGCAAUGUGGAGGUCGGGUGGAGAUCCUGCCUUGUUCACACGUUGGCCACGUCUUUCGCAAAGCGUCUCCUCACGAUUUCCCUGGGCAUAGCUCAGGAAAGGUGUUAAAUCGAAACUUGAUGCGUGUAGCUGAGGUGUGGAUGGAUGAGUGGAAAGAGCUUUUCUAUCGAAUCGCUCCACAAUCUGGUGCACUUCGCUUAACAGAAGAUGUUUCGGAUCGGGUUGAGCUGAGGAAAAGACUUCGUUGUAAAUCGUUUCACUGGUACUUGGUCAAUAUUUUCACUGAUCAUUUUCUACCAAUGAAAGGCGAUCGCUUUGGAAGGGUAUCGACAAUGGGUGAAAGGCUGUGCUUGGUGAGCAGACCACAAGGCGAUCAGGGAUACAAAGCUCAUCGGCUAACCGCCUCCCAAUGCACACUUGGCUUUGACUUGUGGCAGCUUUGGCUCUACACAAAGAAUCGUCGACUCAAAACUGAUGAACAUCUUUGUCUCUCAGCAGUUAGGAACACGCAUCUUUCAUCGGAAUGGAACGUUGAAUUGAAAGAAUGCGCUGGUUAUCCAACGGAAAUAUGGGAUUUUCGACAAAAGGAGGGUCUAUUCACUCACAAAGAGAGCGGUCUUUGCUUGACAGCUCCUGAAAAGAGUGACGAGGAGAAUUUCUUGAAGCGCCUUGAGGGUAUCUCACCGCCUACCGUAACCCCGUGCUCGUUUUGGAACAAUAAUAAACGUCAGCGUUGGUCGUUUAAAGAAAUGUUCUGGAGAUCG